AUGGCAUUGGCAAGGUACUUUAGCUACCUGGCCAGCUGUACGACUACGGAGCAGUAUGCACGAAUGAUGAUUUGCGGUCGGGAGGUCGUUGUCCAAUUCCUCUCAGCGACGUUGUGUCGGGCACCACAGAAACUCAGAUUGACGGUCAAAUUGGCCACCACCUGCCUCCUUCUUGCCGCCCGCCUAGAGGAACGGAUCUCAAAGUGGACAGAUGGGAAGGUGACGGGAGACGCAACGGCGGCCGGUGGUUGGCUGAUUUUAAUUUUGGAACACGGACGCCAGACCCGUUUCGGCCGGGCCCAUGUUGCUGGGCGCUUAACGGUGCUGAGGGAAGUCGCCGACCACCAGGUGAGGCGAGCACCACUCCUUCCUCCGUACACCACACCUCACGGGAGAGCUGCGGUGGCUGGAUUUUGGUGA